AUGGAGAUUCCGUGCAUCACUCGCUAUCCUCUUGAGAAGCAAUUUCAAAAAGCAUAUACAAUUGCUAAAUUUAAAGAAGUACAAGAGGAAUUGCGAGGAUUUCUUUAUUUAACUACUUCAUUAUUGGGAUGUGAGGGUGGUAGAAGUAUAUUCGAAGUUGCCGAUGAGAUUCAAGUUGGUGAUGACUUGUUAAAGCAUGCAACCUUCACUGUAAAAAUUGAUGAAGAUCCCCUUGAUGUUAAAUGCAGUUGUAAGUUGUUCGAGUUUAAGGGCAUAUUAUGCAUGCACACUCUUCGUAUCUUGACUCAGCUGGGUAAGCAUAUAGUACCAUCGAAUUACAUCUUAGAUUGGUGGAGGAAGGAUGUAAAGCGAAAAUGCACCUUCGUCAAAAGUAGUUACGACACUAGUAGCAUUGAUGAUGCCCGAAGGUACGAUAGGAUCCAGAAUUGCUUCUAUGAACUAUGUUCCAAUGCUUCAAAGUUCGAGAGCAGUUGUGUGAAAUUGAUUAAUCAGAUAGAACAGUUGAAGGUACAGUACCCUGGUAUCACUGAUCCAGUUACUUCCACGGGAGGCACGACAGUUGAUUGA